CACACGCGACGCGACACGGUCGCUAGUGCGGCGCGGCCCACCAAGGCACCAACACGUAAGGCAACACAAGACAAACCAAACAAACACAAGAGAGUAGUAGUUUUUUUACUUUUAGGGCUCUCCCAGAUUUCCUCUCCUUCCUCGCGCCGCGGCGAUCGAUCGAUCGGUUUCCGGCUAGCUUCCGAACCGGGCAAAAAUCCCCAAAUCGAUCCGCCGCGAGAGGAGAGGCGGGCGGCGAUGUCGUCGUCGUCGUCGGGGAGGUCGAGCCGGAUCGCGGUGGUGACGGAGGACCGGUGCCGGCCCAGCAAGUGCGGCCAGCAGUGCCGCAAGCGCUGCCCCGUCAAUGCCACCGGGCGUCAGUGCAUAGAAGUUACUCCAUCAUCGAGAGUAUCCUUAAUUUCUGAGGAACUAUGUAUUGGAUGUGGUAUUUGUGUGAAGGUAUGUCCCUUUGAUGCUAUCCAGAUUAUAAACUUGCCAAGUGAUCUUGACAAGGAGACGACACAUCGCUAUGGACCAAAUUCAUUUAAGCUUCACAGGCUGCCUGUUCCAAGACCAGGGCAAGUGUUGGGCUUGGUAGGGACAAAUGGUAUUGGUAAAUCAACGGCACUUAAAAUUUUGGCAGGGAAGGUGAAACCCAACUUGGGUAAAUUCACAGAUCCCCCAAAUUGGGAUGAAAUUAUGAGGAAUUUCCGUGGAUCUGAACUCCAGAAAUACUUUACUCGUCUGCUGGAAGACAAAAUGAAGGCAACUAUGAAACCACAAUACCUUGAUCACAUUCCUAAAUCUGUUACAGGGAAGGUUGGAGAUCUUCUUAGCAAGAAAGAUGAGAGACAUAUGAAAAACCUACUGUGUGAUACUCUCGAGUUGAAUCAAGUUCUUGACCGAGAUGUCUCAGCUCUAUCUGGUGGUGAACUCCAGAGAUUUGCAAUAGCUGCCCGUGCUAUGGAAGAAGCAGAUGUUUAUAUGUUUGAUGAGCCAUCCUGCUAUCUUGAUGUGAAGCAAAGGCUGAAAGCUGCACAAGUUAUUCGCUCUUUGCUUCAGCCCAAAAACUAUGUAAUUGUUGUGGAGCAUGAUCUUAGCAUACUGGACUACCUAUCAGACUAUAUAUGCUGUCUUUAUGGGACUCCUGGAGCAUAUGGUGUUGUUACUUUGCCCUCUUCUGUUAGAGAAGGAAUCAACAUUUUCCUGGAUGGCUUUAUACCAACAGAAAACCUACGUUUCCGCGAGGAGAAACUUACAUUUAGAGUUACCGAGUCUACUGAGGAAAUCGUAGAGGGUCAGACAUACCAAUGCUACCGAUAUCCUACAAUGACAAAGACAAGGUGUGGCUUUAAGCUAUCAGUCACUGAAGGCAGCUUUAAUGAUUCCCAGAUAAUUGUAAUGCUUGGUGAGAAUGGUACUGGGAAGACGACAUUUAUCCGUAUGCUGGCAGGACGAGUGAAGCCAGACAAAGUAGGAGACGAAGAAGUUGACGUGCCUGAAUACACUGUCUCAUACAAGCCUCAGGAAUUGAUAUCUAAAUAUAGCUCUACAGUGAGGGAUCUUCUAUUCGAGAAAGUACCUGGAUCAUGCACUCAAGCCCAGUUCAGAUCUGAUGUCAUGAAACCACUGAAAAUUGAGCAACUCAUGGACAGGCAGGUUCCAACUCUUUCUGGAGGGGAGCUGCAAAGGGUUGCGCUUUGUCUUUGUCUUGGGAAGCCUGCUGAUAUUUACCUCAUAGAUGAACCAAGUGCCCAUCUUGAUUCAGAGCAGCGCCUUCUUGCAGCGAAGGUCAUAAAAAGAUUUAUCCUCCAUGAAAAGAAAACUGCUUUUGUUGUUGAGCAUGAUUUUAUCAUGGCAACCUACCUUGCUGAUAAGGUGGUGGUUUUUGAGGGAAAACCUUCUGUUGACUGUAUUGCAAAUGCACCAGAACCCCUGGCCUCUGGGAUGAACCGUUUUCUUUCGCAUCUUGAUGUCACAUUUAGGAAAGAUCCUACAACCUACAGGCCUAGGAUCAACAAGCUAGGCUCUAUAAAGGAUGCUGAGCAGAAAGCUGCAGGAUGUUACUACUACCUUGAGUAUUAACAAAGCUUUCGCAAGGGGCAACUCUACUUCUGCAAAAGCUCCUUCGGAGCAGAACAGCUCGGCUCGCGUUAUCAUGCACAUACUUGCACGCAUACAUGAGUCUGCCAGUGCUCUCGGAAUGUCUUUGCACUGCUUUCCAAUAAGCAAUAUAGUAGAUGCUCUUUGAUGUUUAAAUUGACAUGCAGAUUGGUCAUCUAUCUUUACAGGAAUGUUUUGGCACGGCACCAGGGUAUGCCCCGGAACUUCGUGGGCAGGAUCGAUUUGAAAUGACAUCUGAAAUCUAAGCACAAGCACUAUAUAUAGCAUGGGAGGUUGGGUUGAUGAAAUUUUAUGAAGAUCGGGGUGAAGCUAUUGCCUGAAUUGGACGGGGUUUGAACAAGUGAUCAAAUCAGGGUUGAAUUGUAUUUUUGAAGCCGUCGAGAAAAUGCAAGUUGUUAUCGCAGUCUGCAGUUAAAUGCACGUUUCAGUGACUUCUUAUUAGUCUAUUGUUGGAUUAAUUAGUAUCGUUUAUGGCUUUUAUGCUAAAAAUAUAUCUUGAAUUGUGAUUUUGGUAUUGUGCUUGCUUGGUAUUUUCGUUUCACCAAGUAGUACUCUGUUUGCGUUGUAGAACAGAGACAGACGAAUAAAUAUCGUGCUUUGAUUGGUUUUAUUUUGUC